CAAACUCUGAAAAGUAGAAAACGCCAUGUCUCUGCAACUGCAAGAAGGAGAAGAAGAAGAAGAUUUUGGAUUGUGUCCGAGCUUCAACUGUUACUCCACCGGAACUGUCGCUGACGCCGUCCGAAGAGCUGGCGGCGAGUUCUCCGGCGGCUGCUUUCACUUCGAUUUCGAUCGAUCGCUGUCACUGAACAGAGCAGAGGAGAAUAACGACGACGAUUUCGAAUUCGUCUCGCUCCAGAAAUCCAGCGAUUGCGAUGUACUUCGAGGCGCUUUGAUAGCUCCUGUGUUUCCGGUUUUCAAUUCGGAACUUCUGUUUGAGGAAUGUCAGUUUGAGGGAGCGGAAAUGGAUGAACGAGAUUUGGUAACCGUGAAGCCGAUUCGAAUUCCUUUGGAGAAGCUUAUGAUCAGAGAGCGUAAUGACGAUCCGCCGUCGCCUUCGUCGUCCUCGUCGUCAUCGUCAGUGGACGAACUGGAAGGAGUUCCAUCCGGAACUUACUCCGUCUGGAAACCUAAAUCGAUCGGAACGCCAAAUCUGGCUUGCAAGAAAAGCCGAUCCACCGGAUCGUCGUCGACAAAGCGUUGGGGAAUCCGAGACCUUCUACGACGAAGCCACAGCGACGGAAAGCGCUCCUACGUCUCAUUCACGCCGUCUUCGAACUCAACGAAGAGAGAAAAAGGAAUCGGAAUCAAGUCAGAGACGAAAUCCUCGACGGAGCUGAAGGAGAAGAAGGUUCAGUCCGGCGAGGCAAACAUCGGCGAGCAUUCAAGAAGCCGGAGAGCCGGUGGAGAUCAGAAGAGGAUUUUCUCUGCAUUCGAAUCGUUCUACGUCAGGAAUCGUGCGUUGAAAGAAGAAGGUAAGAGAAAAUCGUAUCUCCCUUACAAGCCUGAUCUGGUUGGUUGUUGGAGGAACGUUAGUGGAUUGGGCAGAGCCAGUCCGUUAUGGAGCAUUUAAUUUUCGUUGCAUUUUCAAAAGCUCUGAUCAUGAGAGGUUCAUUCAAAAUCUUUGUAGAAUCAUCAAACUGUUUAUGUUUAGAAUUUAGAUCUGUAAAAAGGAAACAUAAAGAUGAUCGAUGAACAAGUUCUUCAUUCAUCUUUGAACAAAAACUGUUCUUAUAUGCAUUAUACAAAGAGAUUGUUAUUCAAUAUGAUUAUGGAAUUCCAUGAAUUUUGAU